GCCGAGGUCUUGUGGGGGCGUAAACUCGUGAGGCGAGGGAAGAGGCCGCGCGAGGUUUGGGACUACAACUCCCAGGCUCUGCGGCCUGGGGAAUUCUGGGAGUUGUAGUCCCAACCCUCGCCCGCCCGUUCGCGUUGCCGGGGAAGAAGCCGGGCUGGGCCGAGGCUUGGCCGUCGCUUUUCCUGAGGCGCGCUCGGGGCCUGCUCCUCUUCCUCCGCCUCGGCCGCCAGGGAAGGUCGGUCGGUCGGUCGGUCGGUCCUUGAGGGGCCGGGAUGAGGCGUCGGCGUCUCUCCGGGGCCUGGCCGGCCUGGUCGCCGGGCUCGUCGUGCGGGCGGGCGCCGGUGCUGCUCUCCUGCCUGCUGGGCCACCUGGGGGGCCUCCUGGUGAGCGGGGCGGCCGGGCAGGCCCGGGUGGAGGUGAUGCUCCUCCUGCCCCCGCUGAAUCUUUCUGGGGUUAGUUUUCAAAUGUUGCUCGAACCCCUUCUCCAACCCCUUAUCUACCUAAAUGUGUGCCUUCUUAGCCUCUUCCUGAUCAUCAAACGGUAUGUGCAUAUGCGUUUAUAUCCAUUUAUGGCAGAUCCGGAGCCUCUGUGGUGUGCUGGACCUCAUAUGGAGCUCCUUUCCUGCCUCUUGAAAUCCAGGGGAAAGGUGGGGGAUACUGACCCCAAAUUGGAGGAUGAUGACAGCUGGAUUGGCGUCAUCCCCGUGGGAGAAGAACAAGCGGAGGUGCCAAGGGGGAGCAGAGAAGAAUCCUUCACUACAACGGUGGUCAAUAAGAUGAAGCGGGCCCUCGUCUUUGGUGCCUCGGCUCUGCUCAUCCUCGCACUGAACCAGAAUGCAAUCCGAGAGAUGGAUGUCCCCCAAGUUCUCUCAAAGCCAGUGGUUAUUGUCCAGACUUCUGAAAACGUUACCAAGCUCCUCGGAGCGCUGCUGCGAGGACUUCGGGCAACAGCCAAGAUUACAUAUCAAGCUGUGCUCUUGGAGAACGUGGGGGUGACACUGACUCUGUGGUCCACGUGUGGCCUCUCUCGGGGUGGCUUGUAUGGAGAGUGGCAGGGAGUCAUCUGCACGGGGGAAACAAGCUCCAGAGUCCAGAAGUACCUCCAGCAGCUGUGGAAUGCCAUCCUGCUCAUCGCCCUGAUCCUGUGCACGGGUGUGAUCAUGCAGGCACAACGGCAGUCUCGGCAUAGCCAGCUGGACGACGACUCUGAGCUGGAUCUCAAGCAGCACAUUGCCCAGAAGUUGUCGGCGCUCAAAACCCGGCGGUAUCACCCCGGCAAGCCCCCUCGGAGCUGGGCUCAUGAGAUCGACAGCUGUGCCAUCUGCUUGGACCAUUUCCACAAGAAUCAGUGUCUCCGGGUACUGCCAUGCCUGCACGAGUUCCACCGGGACUGCGUGGAUCCCUGGCUUUUCCUGCAGCAGACCUGCCCUCUCUGCAAACACAACAUUUUAGGCAACUGCUGUCAAGAGAGCUAGCAAGCCCAGCAGGUCCCUCUCUUGGGUGGACGGAUCCACCAGCACACCAGGGGAAAAGCGCCUGACGGAGACCUUGGCUUGCCAGCGUCUUUC